AUGAUGUCUGCCAUAGACACGGGUACCGCUGUGUACCAACCAGCACAACUACUGAACUGGCUCUAUACGUCCCUCAAUGACACCCACCAGACCAAUGCCUUCGAUGCGUUCAGACCGGAAUCCGAGAGUUCUCCACCCGACCUGAACAACUACAAACAGCCGUGCGCUGCUGCUGUCGACCUGAGCACUGCGCUCAACUCCAACCAUCUCAACAACUUCUUGCAACUUCAGAGGAAUGAGGUAAACAUGUCUUUUUUUUUGUUGAUGUAUAUAAUUCCAGAUAUGUUAUUUCCACAAACUGUAUCUUGACAUGCCAAACAACUUGUAUUAAACUUAAUCCAACAUUGUAUUGUUUAAUACAUGGAACAAACUUGAGACAAAAGCAGGUUUAAUAAUGUGAGUUACAAUGACAAUGUUUAAUAAUUAACAUAAAAGCUGCGUAUGCCUACCCAUUCACUUGGAGCACAAAUAGGUUCUUAUAUGAUUUGGUUUGGAUUAUAAUAAAUUAUUAUACUCAUCCCAUAGGGCUCUAAAUCUUUCCUUCCCAUUUUCAGCAAGGGUACCAAUACAAUGUGCCACCACACUGUACAGUAAACCCCUAGCUCCACCACACUGUACAGUAAACCCCUAGCUCAACCCCUAGCUCCACCACACUGAACAGUAAACCCCUAGCUCCACCACACUGUACAGUAAACCCCUAGCUCCACCACACUGUACAGUAAACCCCUAGCUCCACCACACUGUACAGUAAACCCCUAGCUCCACCACACUGUACAGUAAACCCCUAGCUCCACCACACUGUACAGUAAACCCCCCUAGCUCCACCACACUGUACAGUAAACCCCUAGCUCCACCACACUGUACGUAAAACCCCUAGCUCCACCCCAGCUCCACCACACUGGACAGUAACCCUAGCUCCACCACACUGUACAGUAAAAAACAACCCCUAGCUCCACCACACUGUACAGUAACCCAGCUCCACCACCUGUAGCAGUAAAACCCCUAGCUCCACCCACACUGUACAGUAAACCUCUAGCUCCACCACACUGUACAGUAAAACCCUAGCUCCACCACACUGUACAGUAAACCCCUAGCUCCACCCCUAGCUCCACCACACUGUACAGUAAACCCUAGCUCCACCACACUGUACAGUAAACCCCUACGCUCCACCACCACUGUACAGUAAACCCCUAGCUCCACCACACUGUACAGUAAACCCCUAGCUCCACCACACUGUACAGUAAAACCCCUAGCUCCACCACACUGUACAGUAAACCCUAGCUCCACCACACUGUAAAGUAAACCCCUAGCUCCACCACACUGUACAUAAACCCCUAGCUCCACCUCACUGUACAGUAAACCUCUAGCUCCACCACACUGUACAGUAAACCCCUAGCUCUCACCACACUGUACAGUAAACCUCUAGCUCCACCACACUGUACAGUAAACCCCUAUCUCCACCACUAGCUCCACCAACUGUACAGUAACCCCUAGCUCCACCACACUGUACAGUAAACCCCUAGCUCCACCACUAGCUCCACCACACUGUACAGUAAACCCCUAGCUCCACCACACUGUACAGUAAACCCCUAGCUCCACCCCUAGCUCCACCACACUGUACAGUAAACCUCUAGCUCCACCACACUGUACAGUAAACCCCUAGCUCCACCACACUGUACAGUAAACCCCUAGCUCCACCUCACUGUGCAGUAAACCCCUAGCUCCACCACACUGUACAGUAAACCUCUAGCUCCACCACACUGUACAGUAAACCCCUAGCUCCACCACUAGCUCCACCACACUGUACAGUAAACCCCUAGCUCCACCACACUGUACAGUAAACCCCUAGCUCCACCACUAGCUCCACCACACUGUACAGUAAACCCCUAGCUCCACCACACUGUACAGUAAACCUCUAGCUCCACCACACUGUACAGUAAACCCCUAGCUCCACCACACUGUACAGUAAACCCCUAGCUCCACCACCCUGUACAGUAAACCCCUAGCUCCACCACACUGUACAGUAAACCUCUAGCUCCACCACCCUGUACAGUAAACCCCUAGCUCCACCACACUGAACAGUAAACCCCUAGCUCCACCACACUGUACAGUAAACCCCUAGCUCCACCACCCUGUACAGUAAACCUCUAGCUCCACCACACUGUACAGUAAACCCCUAGCUCCACCACACUGUACAGUAAACCCCUAGCUCCACCACACUGUACAGUAAACCCCUAGCUCCACCACACUGUACAGUAAACCCCUAGCUCCACCACACUGUACAGUAAACCUCUAGCUCCACCACACUGUACAGUAAACCCCUAGCUCCACCACACUGUACAGUAAACCCCUAGCUCCACCACACUGUACAGUAAACCCCUAGCUCCACCACACUGUACAGUAAACCCCUAGCUCCACCACCCUGUACAGUAAACCUCUAGCUCCACCACACUGUACAGUAAACCCCUAGCUCCACCACACUGUACAGUAAAACCCCUAGCUCCACCACCCUGUACAGUAAACCCCUAGCUCCACCACACUGUACAGUAAACCCCUAGCUCCACCACACUGUACAGUAAACCCCUAGCUCCACCACACUGUACAGUAAACCCCUAGCUCCACCACACUGUACAGUAAACCCCUAGCUCCACCACACUGUACAGUAAACCCCUAGCUCCACCACCCUGUACAGUAAACCUCUAGCUCCACCACACUGUACAGUAAACCCCUAGCUCCACCACACUGUACAGUAAACCCCUAGCUCCACACACCCUGUACAGUAAACCCCUAGCUCCACCACACUGUACAGUAAACCCCUAGCUCCACCACACUGUACAGUAAACCCCUAGCUCCACCACACUGUACAGUAAACCCCUAGCUCCACCACACUGUACAGUAAACCCCUAGCUCCACCACACUGUACAGUAAACCCCUAGCUCCACCACACUGUACAGUAAACCCCUAGCUCCACCACACUGUCCAGUAAACCUCUAGCUCCACCACACUGUACAGUAAACCCCUAGCUCCACCACACUGUACAGUAAACCCCUAGCUCCACCUCUAGCUCCACCACACUGUACAGUAAACCCUUAGCUCCACCACACUGUACAGUAACCCCUAGCUCCACCACACUGUACAGUAAACCCCUAGCUCCUCCACACUGUACAGUAAACCCCUAGCUCCAUCACACUACAGUAAACCCCUAGCUCCACCACACUGUACAGUAAACCCCUAGCUCCACCACACUGUACAGUAAACCCCUAGCUCCACCACACUGUACAGUAAACCCCUAGCUCCACCACUAGCUCCACCACACUGUACAGUAAACCCCUAGCUCCACCACACUGUACAGUAAACCCCUAGCUCCACCACCCUGUACAGUAAACCUCUAGCUCCACCACACUGUACAGUAAACCCCUAGCUCCACCACACUGUACAGUAAACCCCUAGCUCCACCACACUGUACAGUAAACCCUUAGCUCCACCACACUGUACAGUAAACCCCUAGCUCCCCCUGUAACCUAGCUCCACCACACUGUACAGUAAACCCCUAGCUCCACCACACUGUACAGUAAACCCUUAGCUCCACCACACUGUACAGUAAACCCCUAGCUCCACCACACUGUACAGUAAACCCCUAGCUCCUCCACACUGUAUAGUAAACCCCUAGCUCCACCACACUACAGUAAACCCCUAGCUCCACCACACUGUACAGUAAACCCCUAGCUCCACCACACUGUACAGUAAACCCCUAGCUCCACCACAUUGUACAGUAAACCCCUAGCUCCACCACUAGCUCCACCACACUGUACAGUAAACCCCUAGCUCCACCACACUGUACAGUAAACCCCCUAGCUCCACCACCCUGUAUAGUAAACCUCUAGCUCCACCACACUGUACAGUAAACCCCUAGCUCCACCACACUGUACAGUAAACCCCUAGCUCCACCACACUGUACAGUAAACCCCUAGCUCCACCACACUGUACAGUAAACCCCUAGCUCCACCACACUGUACAGUAAACUCCUAGCUCCACCCCUAGCUCCACCACACUGUACAGUAAACCCCUAGCUCCACCCCUAGCUCCACCACACUGUACAGUAAACCCCUAGGCUCCAACCACAACUGUACAGUAAACCCCUAGCUCCACCCCUAGCUCCACCACACUGUACAGUAAACCCCUAGCUCCACCCCUAGCUCCACCACACUGUACAGUAAACCUCUAGCUCCACCCCUAGCUCCACCACACUGUACAGUAAACCCCUAGCUCCUCCACACUGUACAGUAAACCACCUAGCUCCACCACACUGUACAGUAAACCCUAGCUCCACCACACUGUACAGUAAACCUCUAGCUCCACCACACUGUACAGUAAACCCCUAGCUCCCACACUGUACAGUAAACCCUGCUCCACCACACUGUACAGUAAACCCCUAGCUCCACCACACUGUACAGUAAACCUCUGCUCACCACACUGUACAGUAAACCUCUAGCUCCACCACACUGUACAGUAAACCCCUAGCUCCACCACACUGUACAGUAAACCCCUAGCUCCACCACACUGUACAGUAAACCCCUAGCUCCACACACUGUACAGUAAACCCCUAGCUCCACCACACUGUACAGUAAACCCCUAGCUCCACCACCCUGUACAGUAAAACCCCUAGCUCCACCACACUGUACAGUAAACCCCUAGCUCCACCACACUGUACAGUAAACCCCUAGCUCCACCACACCUGUACAGUAAACCUCUAGCUCCACCACACUGUACAGUAAACCCCUAGCUCCACCUCACUGUGCAGUAAACCCCUAGCUCCACCCCUAGCUCCACCACACUGUCCAGUAAACCCCUAGCUCCACCCCUAGCUCCACCACACUGUCCAGUAAACCCCUAGCUCCACCACACUGUACAGUAAACCCCUAGCUCCACCACACUGUACAGUAAACCCCUAGCUCCACCACACUGUACAGUAAACCCCUAGCUCCACCCCACUGUACAGUAAACCCCUAGCUCCACCCCUAGCUCCACCACACUGUACAGUAAACCCCUAGCUCCACCACACUGUACAGUAAACCCCUAGCUCCACCCCUAGCUCCACCACACUGUACAGUAAACCUCUAGCUCCACCCCUAGCUCCACCACACUGUACAGUAAACCCCUAGCUCCACCACACUGUACAGUAAACCCCUAGCUCCACCACACUGUACAGUAAACCCCUAGCUCCACCCCUAGCUCCACCACACUGAACAGUAAACCUCUAGCUCCACCACACUGUACAGUAAACCCCUAGCUCCACCACCCUGUACAGUAAACCCCUAGCUCCACCACACUGUACAGUAAACCCCUAGCUCCACCACACUGUACAGUAAACCCCUAGCUCCACCACACUGUACAGUGAACCCCUAGCUCCACCACACUGUGCAGUAAACCCCUAGCUCCACCACACUGUCCAGUAAACCCCUAGCUCCACCACACUGUACAGUAAACCCCUAGCUCCACCACACUGUACAGUAAACCCCUAGCUCCACCACACUGUGCAGUAAACCCCUAGCUCCACCACACUGUACAGUAAACCCCUAGCUCCACCCCACUGUACAGUAAACCCCUAGCUCCACCCCUAGCUCCACCACACUGAACAGUAAACCCCUAGCUCCACCACACUGUACAGUAAACCCCUAGCUCCACCACACUGAUUGGUGACUGGUGAUUAGCUGUAUGUAGGCUAUGCUACACACUAGGAAAAGAGGGUUCUAUGUGGAGUCCUUCAAUGGUUCUUUGCAGUUCACAAAAUGGUUCGUUGCUCUUUUAGUGACAAUUAAAAUGCAGGGGCGGUGGCUAAUUAGAAUGUUGGGGCGUGGUUUGAGCACAGCUCUUUUUGUGCAACGGUGAAUGUGAGUGUCAUUCCAGUUGAUCUAAUCUGUUGUGUUAUGUCAUUACAUGUUAAAUAUGACAAUGGCCAGUGAUAGUGUCUUGUGAAAGACUCACGUAUGGCUUUGUGUCAAUUGAGAACUGUUGACUAAAUCAGUGGUUCUCAAUUCUCUCCUCAGGGCCCCCAGCUAUUCCUGAGCUACUACACCUGAUUGACAUGUUGAAUCAACACAAUUUUAACAAUAUAUUAUGGCUAGCCAGAAUUUAAAAAACUCCCGGGAUGUUUCUUUUAAAAAGGAUCUACAAAGAGGCGUGGCUUAUUAGAGGCAUGGCUUCAGAUAGCUCUUCUUUGCCACCGUGAGAGUAAAUGUCAUUCCUGUUCAUCAUGGUAAGUUAACAUACUGCAAAUAUAUAUUUUGUGCAUUUUACACUUCUGUAAGCCUCAUUGAAGGUACAAUAAUGUAAAUGUUUGACCUUAACAUGUGAGAACUAUACAACACAACAGAUUAACAGGAAUGACAUUUACUCUCACGGGUGGCUAGAAAUAACUAUCUGAAAGCCACGACCCUACUAAACUAUGCCUCCAGACUUCUGAUCUAACCCACUGGGUCAUAUCUCAAUAACCCAGCACCAAUAACCCAACCUUGCUAUUUCUUUUCAAGAAAACAACUCAACUAAGUGACCGAACACCUACAACCCAGCAGUUGGGUCAAUCAAACAACCCAGCAGUUGGAUCAACCAAACAACCCAGCAGUUGGAUCAACCAAACAACCCAGCAGUUGGGUCAAUCAAACAACCCAGCAGUUGGGUCAAUCAAACAACCCAGCAGUUGGAUCAACCAAACAACCCAGCAGUUGGAUCAACCAAACAACCCAGCAGUUGGGUCAACCAAACAACCCAGCAGUUGGGUCAACCAAACAACCCAGCAUUUGGAUCAACCAAACAACCCAGCAGUUGGGUCAAUCAAACAACCCAGCAGUUGUGUCAACCAAACAACCCAGCAGUUGGAUCAACCAAACAACCCAGCAUUUGGAUCAACCAAACAACCCAGCAGUUGGAUCAACCAAACAACCCAGCAGUUGGAUCAACCAAACAACCCAGCAGUUGGAUCAACCAAACAACCCAGCAGUUGGAUCAACCAAACAACCCAGCAGUUGGAUCAACCAAACAACCCAGCAUUUGGAUCAACCAAACAACCCAGCAGUUGGGUCAACCAAACAACCCAGCAGUUGGGUCAACCAAACAACCCAGCAGUUGGGUCAACCAAACAACCCAGCAGUUGGGUCAACCAAACAACCCAGCAGUUGGGUCAACCAAACAACCCAGCAGUUGGAUCAACCAAACAACCCAGCAGUUGGGUCAACCAAACAACCCAGCAGUUGGAUCAACCAAACAACCCAGCAGUUGGGUCAACCAAACAACCCAGCAGUUGGGUCCAGUUGGGUCAACCAAACAACCCAGCAGUUGGGUCCAGUUGGAUCAACCAAACAACCCAGCAUUUUUUAGAGUGUAGGUCCGACACCGACUCCCCCCGGUCCGAAGAGUACAGUCUGUGUCUCAAAUGGCCCCCUAUUCCCUAAGUAGUGCACUACUUCUGACCAGGGACCAUGUAACUCUAGUGAAAAGUAGUGCACUACAUAGGGGACAGGGUGCCAUUAAGGGACGUACUGCACGGGGCCUGGUGGUGGUGUUGCUAAACUCAGUUAACUUCUCUCCUCUCAGGAGAAGUCUGAAAUAUAGAAUAUAAUUAGUCAUUUUAGCAGACGCUCUUAUCCAGAGCGACUUACAGGAGCAAUUAGGGUUAAGUGCCUUGCUCAAGGGCACAUCAACAGAUUUGUCACCUAGUCGGCUCGGGGAUUAGAACCAGCGACCUUUCGGUUACUGGCACAAUGCUCUUAACCACUAAGCUACCUGCCGAAUAGUGCAGCAUGUCAAGGAGGAUACCACAUUCAUCAGACCUGGUGACGAAGAAGCUAGGAUUCAUUUGGCCUGUGAGAUUAGCUUGGCCUCCUGCACCAUGGUAAGGUUAUCCCCUAUAGAAAGCUAGGCCUCCUGCGCCAGGGUAAGGUUAUCCUCCUGCACCAGGGUAAGGUUAUCCCCUAUGGAAAGCUAGGCCUCCUGCACCAGGUUAUCCCCUAUGGAAAGCUAGGCCUCCUGCGCCAGGGUAAGGUUAUCCCCUAUAGAAAGCUAGGCCUCCUGCGCCAGGGUAAGGUUAUCCUCCUGCACCAGGGUAAGGUUAUCCCCUAUGGAAAGCUAGGCCUCCUGCGCCAGGGUAAGGUUAUCCCCUAUGGAAAGCUAGGCCUCCUGCACCAGGGUAAGGUUAUCCCCUAUAGAAAGCUAGGCCUCCUGCACCAGGGUAAGGUUAUCCCCUAUAGAAAGCUAGGCCUCCUGCACCAGGGUAAGGUUAUCCCCUAUAGAAAGCUAGGCCUCCUGACCAGGGUAAGGUUAUCCCCUAUAGAAAGCUAGGCCUCCUGCGCCAGGGUAAGGUUAUCCCCUAUAGAAAGCUAGGCCUCCUGCGCCAGGGUAAGGUUAUCCCCUAUAGAAAGCUAGGCCUCCUGCACCAGGGUAAGGUUAUCCCCUAUAGAAAGCUAGGCCUCCUGCGCCAGGGUAAGGUUAUCCCCUAUAGAAAGCUAGGCCUCCUGCACCAGGGUAAGGUUAUCCUCCUGCACCAGGGUAAGGUUAUCCCCUAUAGAAAGCUAGGCCUCCUGCACCAGGGUAAGGUUAUCCCCUAUAGAAAGCUAGGCCUCCUGCACCAGGGUAAGGUUAUCCCCUAUAGAAAGCUAGGCCUCCUGCACCAGGGUAAGGUUAUCCCCUAUGGAAAGCUAGGCCUCCUGCACCAGGGUAAGGUUAUCCCCUAUAGAAAGCUAGGCCUCCUGACCAGGGUAAGGUUAUCCCCUAUAGAAAGCUAGGCCUCCUGCGCCAGGGUAAGGUUAUCCCCUAUAGAAAGCUAGGCCUCCUGCGCCAGGGUAAGGUUAUCCCCUAUAGAAAGCUAGGCCUCCUGCGCCAGGGUAAGGUUAUCCUCCUGCACCAGGGUAAGGUUAUCCCCUAUGGAAAGCUAGGCCUCCUGCACCAGGUUAUCCCCUAUGGAAAGCUAGGCCUCCUGCGCCAGGGUAAGGUUAUCCCCUAUAGAAAGCUAGGCCUCCUGCGCCAGGGUAAGGUUAUCCUCCUGCACCAGGGUAAGGUUAUCCCCUAUGGAAAGCUAGGCCUCCUGCGCCAGGGUAAGGUUAUCCCCUAUGGAAAGCUAGGCCUCCUGCACCAGGGUAAGGUUAUCCCCUAUAGAAAGCUAGGCCUCCUGCACCAGGGUAAGGUUAUCCCCUAUAGAAAGCUAGGCCUCCUGCACCAGGGUAAGGUUAUCCCCUAUAGAAAGCUAGGCCUCCUGACCAGGGUAAGGUUAUCCCCUAUAGAAAGCUAGGCCUCCUGCGCCAGGGUAAGGUUAUCCCCUAUAGAAAGCUAGGCCUCCUGCGCCAGGGUAAGGUUAUCCCCUAUAGAAAGCUAGGCCUCCUGCACCAGGGUAAGGUUAUCCCCUAUAGAAAGCUAGGCCUCCUGCGCCAGGGUAAGGUUAUCCCCUAUAGAAAGCUAGGCCUCCUGCACCAGGGUAAGGUUAUCCUCCUGCACCAGGGUAAGGUUAUCCCCUAUAGAAAGCUAGGCCUCCUGCACCAGGGUAAGGUUAUCCCCUAUAGAAAGCUAGGCCUCCUGCACCAGGGUAAGGUUAUCCCCUAUGGAAAGCUAGGCCUCCUGCACCAGGGUAAGGUUAUCCCCUAUGGAAAGCUAGGCCUCCUGACCAGGGUAAGGUUAUCCCCUAUAGAAAGCUAGGCCUCCUGCGCCAGGGUAAGGUUAUCCCCUAUAGUUUGAGUAUAUUUAUUUGUCCAUCCUUAAGUAGCAGUUAUGACAGCCUUAUGACAUCAGCCAAAGUAGUGAAGAUUAGAUUGCCUUGCGUCCUGACAUAGUUCCAUUCCACAACACAUGUUAUGUGCAGCCUGUAACAAUCUUCACACUGGGACCAUAGUCAGUUCUCUUCCCUGGAGCUUAAGACACACUGGUACUGAUUGUGUCAACCCAAUAGAGGGAAUUAGCAAAAGAUCUUCAACAAAGGCAUCCUGUUCCUCCACGGAAAUGGAACUCUUUCUGCUCGUAGACUGAAUGACAACGCAUUAAAAGAAGGUCUGGUUCUGUUGUGCGGAGUGAGCAGACUAACAAACAGGAACAUCUAUCAAGUUGUGGUGUCUAAUAUCCCAGAUUGUUCCUUUAACAUGCUCUAAACCAAGUGUUAUUCACUCUUAAUGCAGCGUUAGAGACGGGCUCAUCUGUAAUUGACGUUUUCAGCCAGACUAGUUUCUUUCCCAUUAGACUUUGUUAUCAAUUAAAAUCCAUGCCCAUAUUUUACUCAGAGCUCUAUUCAAUCUGUAUCUCAGAAGUAUCGCUGAAGAUCCGUGUAAAAAUGUAAAGGUAAUUUUAGAUUGAGCGGACAUAUGCAGCGUUUACCGUGAAUGCAGUCUCCUCAACCACAUUGCCUUUUGCCAAUCACGCUAUGAAGCGGAUGUUCAGCGCUACGGAUUGACUAGAGCUCUCACUGUUUUCUAUCCGCAGGCCUUAAACAACAACUUGUAUAAAAUCUCCACUCCCUACGGCUCGCUCAACAACAUCAUAGACGGCCUGAGUUCUCCGACAGACCCCUUCUCUGACCUCCCCCUCUCCUCUGAGCCACGCAAACCCAGCAAGCGACCGCCGCCCAACUACCUGUGCCAUCUCUGCUUCAACAAAGGACACUACAUCAAAGACUGCCCACAGGUGAGCUGGGCACAGCCCCUCCACACACAUGAACACGCGCACGUACGCAUACACCAUCAAGGACUAGCCUCAGGUGAGCCGGGCGUGGCCUAG